AUGAGCUCUGGUUUUCGUUUACUUGGAGCAAAAUUAACUGGUCAAACAUUUUCUGAAAGUAAACUUUUAACAAAUCCAAUUGGUGGACUUAUGCUGGGAUUAUUAGCAACGGUUAUUGUACAAAGCUCGUCAACAUCAACAUCAAUUGUGGUUAGUAUGGUCUCAUCGUCAAUUUUAUCAGUAAAACGAGCAAUACUAAUUAUAAUGGGUGCAAAUAUUGACAACGAGGCCAUAGAAGAUAUCGCACUUGGUAAACCAGUUACGUCGUUGUUAAAACGCUAUUGUGAUACAACUGUAAAUGGAGCGACAACAUUAAAUAUUCCGUUAAAACAGUGUAGUUUUCUUCUAGCUAAAUUAAAAUGGCCUGAUUGGGGUAUAGGAUUACUUUUAGUUAUCGUGACAAUAGUAUCGUUAUGUGCAUGUUUAAUUAUAUUAGUUAAAUUAUUACAAUCCAUGUUAAAAGGUGCUAUUAGUAAUAUACUGCGUAAAACUAUUGGAUGUAUUAUUACAAUAUUAGUACAAAGUAGUUCGAUAUUUACUUCAACACUGACGCCACUUGUUGGCAUUGGAGUUACCACAAUUGAACGUGUUUAUCCAUUUACACUUGGAUCAAAUAUUGGAACAACAAUUACAGGUAUCAUGGCCGCAUUAACAGCAAAGUCAGUGUUGGAGUUACGAAAUCCAUUACAAAUAGCUCUCUGUCAUACAGCAUUUAAUAUCACCGGUAAAAGAAUAUUAACAUUUUUUGUGAUACCAUUGAUUGUAUUUGGUUUAUCAAUGGCCGGUUGGUAUGUAUUCGGUGCUGUUAUGAUACCAAUUGCACUUGUCGUUAUAUUUGUUAUUAUAAUGAAUAUUCUUAUGUCUAAAAUUCCACAACGUUUACCGCCCAAACUUCGCAAUUGGAGUUGGCUUCCACGACCAUUGAGAUCAAUCAAAUUCUACGAUGAACAUCUAUGCGAUAAAUUGGAUUGGAAAAAAGUGGUUCCGAGACCCAUCUCACAUUUUAGCAAACAACUUAACAACAUGGCUAGUAAUAUUGGUGAAGAUCUUCGCUUACUCAUAAAUUAUAUUAUUAAUCUUCAAUCAAAGCAACACCCAUUUAAAGCUACGACCUUUAAUGCUUGGCUCGAUAAAUAUAUUAAAAAUCGUGAUCCAUUAGAAAAAUUCACGGGUAUUGAACUUGAAUUCGAUAAUUUAUCGUCCAUUAUAAAAAAAUCAAUUGAAUUGAUGCAAAAUGCAACAAUACAGAAAACACUAUUAUCUGGUGCAAUUAUGGUUUCUGCAUUUCUCGAUUUUACAACUUCAACAAAUCCAGUUAUAGAUUUGAAUGCUACGUUACUCCUCCAGCAACAACCGUCGUCUGAUACUGCCACAAUAAUAUCAACAACAAUUAUUAAUAAUACAUCGUUAGCGUCGGAACCAACCGUCACGCAUACGGCCACUGUUUUUACUGCUUCUCUUCCCAGUCACUACAUUCACAUCCGAUUCAACAUCUUUAAUAUCGCAACAACAACUACCUGUGCAUCAAUCUCCACCUUAUUUGCACCCAUUUAUCAAACAUUAUCUCAAUCACAGGAUAACACCAAUCAUCAACAAUUACCACCUCGUCCAUUAUCAAUAUAUUAA